CGAGCUUGGGAGAGGAAAUCGAAGGGGGCGGGACAGAGCACUGAGAAGCGAGCGAGCCUGUCAUGGCGCGAGUGUCGGUUUUGGGAGUUUCGCUGCUGGAGAACCCAAGCCCUUUUGACCACCCGCUCCGCUUCCAGGUGCAGUUCGAGUGCGGAGAGGCGUUGCCCCACGAUUUGGAAUGGAAGAUCAUCUAUGUAGGAUCUGCAGAGAGUGAGGAAUAUGAUCAAAUUCUUGAUUCUGUACUGGUAGGACCUGUUCCAGCUGGGAGACAUAUGUUUGUGUUUGAAGCAAAUAGUCCCAACCCUGAUCUAAUCCCUGAAAGUGAUGCUGUGGGAGUUACAGUGAUACUCAUUACUUGUACCUACCUUUGUCAGGAGUUCAUCCGCAUUGGGUAUUAUGUGAAUAAUGAAUAUAUAAAUCCUGAAUUAAGAGAGAACCCACCUCUCAAGCCAGACUUUUCCCAGUUGCAGAGGAAUAUCUUGGCCUCCAAUCCCCGAGUCACCCGUUUCCACAUCAAUUGGGAUGGACCUAAAGACCAGAUGGACAAUAUUGAAAACGUAGACCCAGAACCUGAUGGUUUCCUAUCUUCUAGCUGUGCCCACAUCAAAGGAUUGAUUCCUUCUGUGGGCCUGCAACCUGAAAAUUCGAUGGACUGCAUGUAAAUCAGGCAGAGGAAUUUAAGGAUGCAGAUGAUUGCAGCUAAAUGGGUUAUUUGAAAAAACUGUGAAGAGAUUUGGAUUCUUAGGGCCAGUAAAGCAAUGGGAGUCCUAAAUGUUACAUCUGUGUAGACAAACAUAUCAGAGCUCUUUUCAUAUCUGGGUUUGUGACAAAUGUGUCUUCCUGAUUAUAGAUCUGUAAUUCUGCCAUGUUAUUUCUUGAGUGAAACUUGGGCCCUCUUGCACUGACUGUUUAUGAACACUUAGUUGACACAAAAAAAAUCUUGUGCCAUAUUUCCUGAAGACUGAGAACAGUAGGAGCUAACUUAUUCUGAUCAUCCAUUUCCUGAAAGUUGGCACAGCAAGCAGUCUCAUUUCUGGACAAUUUGAUUUUUUUUCUGUUAGUACAGACAGCUGACUCUUGAGGAGGUGCUCUUAGUAAGUGACCAGAUACAUCAUAGCUAUUACGUGGUUAUUCCAGUUUUAUAACCAUUUUCUUCUGAGUUUCAAAGAUACUUGCCUCACAUCAAAUAUUAGGAAAAUUGAGUUUUAGAGUAAAGGUCUACUGAUUAUAUAGGUGUCUUAAAACUGGUUUUGAGAGUGUUCUCUUCUAGCAUGCCACAACUGUCUACCUACUAGUAUCCCCCAAAUGGCUCUUUCGAACAACUGAGUAAGCAAGAAUAGGCCAGAGCUGAGCUUAGGCAUCUCUCUGCAUGCAUCUUUACCUGUGGUCUUAUAACUGCAGUGUAUAAUCCAAACUGCAGUUUAUACAGGAACCUACUUAAUAAAUAGUAUCCUCCAAUGGCAAGUGCCUGUAUAAACUGUUUGCACCUCUUAGGGUGGGGUUUCCUUUUUGAUAGGACAGGCUUGUGUUUGUUUUUUAUUUUUUUCCUGGCUUGCUUGCUUUCAGGGAUUACAUUCUUUAGUGUUUGACUAUUUACCUGGUAUACUAUAAAUGUAUCCUGCAUAGGGGUCUUCUAUGGAAAGGAUUUUCAAUAAAAAUUGUGCAAGAAA